AUGUGCUUUGCACCGCCCCGGAGGCGGAGAACAGGCAUAACGGCAGCAACAUCGUCUUUCAGCAGACGGCUGCCGGGGAAUAUGCCUGGGCCACCCUCCGUUUCUCCUUUUCGGCGCCGUGCGACGUCGAGUUACCACGCUCCACCGCGUGAGGUUGUGGAGGAGCAAACGCGGCGAUAUGCGGAGGACAUUCGCAGGCGACAGCCGCCGCCUGCUGGCAUUUCCAUUCCCGCAUCACACUCACCCCGUCGGGACUCUAAAGGUGGAAAAAAGAUAACCCCAGCGAAGGAACUGGGCGGCUUGCACUCACUACGCGGUCGCGUCAGGGUAAAGGAACAGAAUGGUGAUGCACUGAGGUCAUCGUCCCGUGAUGCCGGAAAAACGCUCAUGGAGGCUUCAAGAGGUCAGUGGACGCAUGGACAACUGGAUACGCCAGCUUUACCGUUCCCUUCUAAUGAUGCCGUCUUGCCAAAUCAAAGAAGUUAUUACAGUGAUAUGAACCACGAUCUUUAUUAUCAACAUCAGAAGAAACGGCGGCAGCGGCUUUCCGGUCUUCAUCGCCGCAGUGAUGCCUCUUUCAGGAUGGGUGACGAAGUCGGCGAGGAGUACGUGAGUAAUCCAUAUAUCCGUUCCGUGCUGCAAGGUUCGGAGCAGCGUUGGAAUUCACCAUCGUUGUUCCACGCCUCUUUUAGCCACCAAAGCCGCAGUCAGAGCCUUGACCAAUACUACACGGCAGCCUCACCAUAUCUUUCACGCCACGAUUUGAUGCGUGAGCAGAAAAGGGUAAUACACCGCAGUCCAAAUAAUGGAAAUUUACCAGCUUUCGUUGAAAACGUGGGAACAGACGACGCUGACAAAUCUAAUGGAGUGAAAAAAGAAAUAGAGCGAAUAUAUAAUAUCGACAGCGCAGGAGGAGGAAAUGAAUUAAACUCAACUUCAUUACAAUUGACACAUUUGCCGGCAUCGGCAUUUCCAUUGUCGCUGAGUGAGAAAAGUGAAAUGAAUAGUCGUGCGGGUCACUCUGGUGAGGCGUGUUCGGAGUACAUGCAGCCUCUGUGUAAAAAGCCGGGCAUGGACGAGAUUGCUGUGACUUUACCACACCGUGCCACUGAGGAGGCAGCAGUAGAAUCCGAAGCAUCGGACGCCAACAAAGUUAACCUGGCCUUCUUGUAUAGUAGCAUUGACGAAGACCCUCGGGCAUACCUUUACGCCUCACCGACAGGUAGUGCCACUCCAAGCAUGGGAAAAAGGCAUUGCCGUUCUGCACCCAUGGGGUUGGGGACGACUUCCUUGGUUGCGGAAGAUCAGCAAGAAGACAGCGCUUCUUUUUCCCAUUGUUGUGAUGAUGCCAACCGCGUGCAAGAAGCGCGUCUGACACUCAAACAUGGAGCGAAGCCCAACUUAAAGGAACCUGACGACAUCUUGCUUCGUCAGCGACAAAUGGAUUCAGUGAAAGAGCAGAAGUCUGUUGGUUCUCGUCUAUUUCGCCCUUGUAAUAGUGACGCUGCGAAUUAUCUUGUUACACAGGAAACGGAGAUUGUGGAUGCCUCAGGUACCGUAUGGGUUGCAAAGUUAGCGGCAAGAAAGGAAUAA